UGUUCUCCUGAUGGUGGACUCAUGAACAUUAACAUUAGCCAAUGUGAGAGAGGCCAUUAGUUGCUUAGAAGUUACCCUGGGUUCCUUUGUGACCUCGUGGACUAUUACACAUCUUGCUCUUGGAGUGAUCUUUGUUGGUCGAUCACUCCUGGGGAGGGUAAUAAUGGUCUUGAAUUUCCUCCAUUUGUACACAAUCUGUCUGACUGUGGAUUGGUGGAGUCCAAACUCUUUAAAUAUGGUUUUGUAACCUUUUCCUUCCUGAUGAAUAUCAACAACUCUUUUUCUGAGGUCCUCAGAAAUCUCAUUUGUUCGUGCCAUUAUACACUUCCACAAACAAGAUCAGACUUUGAUAGAUCCCUGUUCUUUAAAUAAAACAGGGCGCUCACUCACACCUGAUUUUCAUCCCACUGAUUGAAAACACCUGACUCUAAUUUCACCUUCAAAGUAACUGCUAAUCCUAGAGGUUCACAUACUUUUGCCACUCACAGUUAUGUAAUAUUGGAUCAUUUUCCUCAAUAAAUAAAUGACCAAGUAUAAUAUUAAUAUAAAAAAUAUUUUUGUCUCAUUUGUUUAAUUGGGUUCUCUUUAUCUACUUUUAGGACUUUUGUGAAAAUCUGAUGACGUUCUAGCUCAUAUUUGUGCAGAUAUAUAGAACAUUUUUUAAAGGGUUCACAAACAUUCAAACCACUAUAGAUAGAUAGAUAAAUAGAUAGAUAGAGAGAUAGAAUGAUGUAUCAACAGAAAAAUAGACAGACAAAUAUAUAGAUAUGUUCUCUACCGCUACUUUCUCCUGUCUUUCUUUCGUUUCCUUUCACUUUUUCAUUGUUUAUCUGCCUCUCACUUUUUCUUUCUCUUUCAUUUUUUAGUUUUUCUUUUCUUUUGGUUUUUCUUGUCUUACUUUCAGUUUCUUACUCACCCACAUUCUUUUCUCUUUUUUAUUCACUUUGUCUUUCUUUCUUUUUUUUUCUUUUUAUUUAACAUUUCCUGACUUGUUUUGGAGAUCAAAUCUUUACGAAAUUGUUAUAGGCAUUGUAGUUAUAAUAUUUUGUUAUUUUAUUUCUAAGCCUAAUUGAUCACCCACUUGAAUUUUUUUUUAGAAAUGUUACAAUGGAACAUUUGCCUAUUGUGUCUACUGUGUUCUGCGCACAUUUUCUUUACACUGGAAGGGGAAAAAUUCAAAGUCUCCUUAAUGAUAAUAAUUAGUUUGUUGUUCUCCUGCAGGCUCUGAAAGCUGAACAUGUCCACUCCGAGUGAGCUCAAGUCUCCGUGUGUGACGCGGAACGGCAUGGUCAAGCUGCCUCCCCAGCCUAACGGCCUUGGCUCGGCCAGCAUCACCAAGGGCACGCCAGCCGCCAAGAACCGUCUGUGCCAGGCAUCUUCAGUCCCCCCGAGCCUGCCGUACCACUUAGAGGCACUUCCCAUGGCCACUGAUGCCAGGCAGUACGCUAAGCUUGAGAGGCAGCUAGCCCUCGAUGAGAAGGUAUUAAACCGGCUGCUAUGGUACUUCACCACGGCUGAGAAGUGCGCUCUGGCCCAGGUGUGUAAAACGUGGCGUAAAGUCCUGUACCAGCCCAAGUUCUGGGAGGGUGUGACCCCUGUCCUGCAUGCCAAGGAGCUCUAUAAUGCGCUGGCCAAUGGCGAGAAGGAGUUUGUGAGCCUGCAGGCGUUCGCGCUACGCGGCUUCCACUCCUUCUGCCUGGUGGGCGUCUCCGACCUGGACAUCUGCGAGUUCAUCGACAACUACCCGCUGUCCAAGAAGGGAGUAAAGUCACUCAGCCUGAAGCGCUCCACCAUCACGGACGCAGGGCUCGAGGUGAUGUUGGAGCAGAUGCAGGGCCUGCUACACCUGGAGCUUUCGGGCUGCAACGAUUUCACCGAGGCAGGCCUGUGGUCAAGUCUGAACGCUCGGCUCACGUCGCUGAGCGUCAGUGACUGCAUCAACGUGGCCGAUGAUGCCGUGGCGGCUAUCUCGCAGCUCCUUCCCAAUCUGUGCGAGCUGAGUCUGCAGGCGUACCACGUGACUGACACAGCAAUGGCCUAUUUCACGGCCAAACAGGGCUGCACUACACGUACGCUGCGCCUGCACUCCUGCUGGGAGAUCACUAAUCAUGGCGUGGUGAACAUGGUGCACAGCUUGCCCAACCUGACUGCGCUCAGCCUCUCAGGCUGCUCGAAGAUCACAGACGACGGUGUGGAGCUCGUGGCCGAGAACCUGCGCAAGCUGCGUAGCCUCGAUCUUUCCUGGUGCCCGCGCAUCACAGACGCUGCACUCGAGUACAUCGCUUGCGAUCUGCACAAGCUUGAGGAGCUCAUUCUCGACCGGUGUGUGAGGAUCACAGACACAGGCCUCGGGUACCUCUCUACCAUGUCCUCACUUCGCAGUCUCUAUUUACGCUGGUGUUGUCAGGUGCAGGACUUUGGCUUGCAGCACUUGUUUGGUAUGAGGAGUCUUCGUUUUCUCUCUCUAGCAGGCUGCCCCCUGCUGACCACCACAGGCCUCUCAGGCUUGAUCCAGUUGCAGGAUCUGGAGGAACUGGAGCUGACCAACUGCCCCGGCGCCACAGCCGAGCUCUUUAAGUACUACUCCCAGCACCUGCCGCGCUGCAUGGUCAUCGAGUAGACGAUGAAGAGCCUGCAUCCUCCUCAUCAUCGAAAAAACCUUCCUCCUUCAGACGAACGAAACCAGAUUGAUGACUAAACCCCCAAAAUCAUCUUGAAACUCAUGAGGGGAAUCAACAGAAAAGGAAAAGACAGAGUCGAAGAUGAGGCAGUGCAAGAGGAAAAAAAGUGAAGCUGGUCGGAAUGUUCCAGAUAUUUCCGAUGUAUUCGCUGGCCUCGGCUGAUGUGCGAAAGUGACAUGAACGUGAGCAACAUGAUCCGAGGCGUCAAGCUUCCAUCACCAACCAUCAGCCUCCAUACAUAAAACAUGAACCAUGAAGCGAAACAAAACUUUUUCUUUCAUCUUGCCAUUUUUUUUUCUUGGAGCAAAAAUGAACUCCGAAUAUCAAGACAAGGAGAAGCUACGAAAAAGGAAGAAUGUGAAAGAAACAUUCCCUCUUUGCUAUAUUUACACUCCGUUUAGUGAAGUCGCCUCUGAGAACAUAACAAUACUCAAAUUAUUAGCCGUGAUAAUAACAGCUGCGUAGAUUUUUUUUUUUCCGCGUCAGUGCUGCACGCUUCCUUACUUGCUCUUCGUUGUCAUGCCGUUCCUCUUGUGUUCCUUCGGAAAUCUUAUUUUUUUAAACCGAUAUUUUGACGAGGAUUACUGUGAAAUGACAGAGUUGCCGGGAACGUUUGGGAAUAAAAUACGAAUCCAGAUUUGAUGAAGGAUUGUUUUUUUUUUCUUUCUUUUUGUUGUUGUUGUUUUCGGAGGGAGUACUUCACUGUACAUACACAGUAGAUAUUCCAUCAAGCUCGGCCAUUUUCUGACUUUUGGUGAUUUCUGGUGUUGAUGUUAGUGAUGCAGGUUUUCAGUAUCAAUCCUCCGCUAACAUGAAGUCAUGAAGACUUGUUGCAAUGCAGCUGCUACUGUAGAACCUAAACACGGACAAAAUGCAUGGUGCAGUUUUCCAUCAUUUUAGACUACUUUUUUUUCCCAGCACAAAAUAAUAUUUACUCAAAUGUACGGAUCGACGUGGAAACUGUAGAUAUUUAUAACUCUCAAUAACCACAGGCCUGCUUUCAAAACGCUCGUUUUUCAGUCCGGUUUGACAGUUUACACUGCGUCUGUGCCUCUCUCAGGCCAUCACCAGGUACAGAUACUGUAUACACACACACAUACACACAUAUAUGAUGCUGAAAAAGUUUGUACCCCCCAGCUUGGCUUUCAACACCUGUUACCCAACCUUCAUGAUGACAUUUUGUGCGAUUAAAUCCUCUCUAAUGUUACUGUAGAUAAUAAGAGCGUGACGAAAUGUAAAUUAAAGGUACGAGAUAUAUUUUUUAUUUCUUUUUUUGAAUGAGCAGCAUUGAACAUUUUUUUUAAGCUCUGAGCAUGCUACACUCAUGCUGUGUGGCCAAAAAAUUAAUUAUUUAUUUUUUUCUGUUUAAGUUUCUCACUCAGAUGCUUUGUUUCUUGUUCUUUUCCCUCUUUCUCUUGAAGUUUUUCUUUUUCUUUUAUUUUAGGUUUUUGCUUUUUCUUUCUCAUUGUUUUCUCUUUGUUUUAGAUUUUCUCAUUUUUCUUUCUGUUCCUGUUUUCAUAUUUCCUUAUUUUGUUAUGUUUUCUUUUUCUUUCUUUCUUUCUUUCUUUCUUUCUUUUGUAAUUCUUACUUUUUAAACUUUCUUUGUCAUUGCUGAUGACACUUUUGGAUUUCCGACCAUUUUUCUCUUCCCUUUUUAGUUUCCCCUUUUUUCUUUUACUUUCUAACUCAUUUCAUUGUUUUCUUAUUUUUUUGUUGCUAUUCUUACUUUUUAAUUUUCUCUCUCAUUGUUUAUCUUUUUGCUUUUCACAUUUUUCUUUCUUUUUUUAGUUGUUUUUUGUUAUUCUUACUUUUUUCUCUUUCACUCCCUCAUUCUUACUUCCUCUUCCCCCCU